AUGGCUUUGUCCUUCCUUACCAACUUUGCCAAAGGCUUCAUGAGCUUCUUCCUAGUGGAAGAGAGGGCAGUGAUACACCUCAACUUGCCCGAAUCUGACUGGAAUUCCAUUGCUUCACCUCGUCAUGAAGGAGGUGUUCGUGUGAACUUUGGUGGUGGCAUGCUGUUCUGCGGCCUAGACCCAGCCACUGCAGAGCAUAGAAGAAUGAGCGGCCUGGACUUCGCGUUCGUCGCUACGGAUGGCAGCAAACAACUGGCUCUGCGCAUGAACUUCACCAGCGUGCCCACACAAAUUCAGCAGCAUGUCAGCAAGCCACUGGAUAAUAGCAGCCCCAUGACCACGACGGACGUAAAGCUAUUGGUCCCCGUGCAGGGCAUCAGGAGCCAUUCCCCACUCGCCGAAUUCUUGGACCGUCAAGUGGGCGCCUUGAGCGUCCGGUCCGUCUUUGCGCCAACUCUUCUCGAGAAAGACAGAGAUAUGCAAAAGCUCGAUGACCCUUCCGCGGUCACCUUCCACGAGGGCGACAUGUACAUAACUGACCGUGGCAAACAUCGCAUCCUCAAAGUCCGGCCAGGCAACUGGCGAGGUGAAAUCUUCUUCGGAGGCAAUCAGACUGGGUCUGCUUUGCACCAACUUGCCUGGCCUGAAAACAUCGCCUUCUUUCAGGGCCGUGCCUACAUCGCUGACUGCGGGAAUGAUCGUGUUCUAGAGGUGAAGCCAGGCGAGAAGAAGGGGAAAGUCGUGUUCGGCAGUCUGAGAGGUCCUUCUGAUGUUACCUUCUUCGAAGGCAAUGCCUACAUCGUUGAAAGGCCAAGGCACCGGAUCCUAAAGGUGAAGCCUGGUGCAUCGCAUGGCGAGACCUUCUUCGGGGGUAAUCAGUCAGCCUGGUCGUCCUUGACAAGCUUACUCUACCCACAGCGGAUCAGCUUCUAUGGAGGUAAGGCGUACAUCGUCGACACGAUGAACGCCCGAAUUCUCAAAGUGACACCUGGAGAGAGAAAGGCUGAGCUCUUCUUUGGACAGAAGUGGUCCGGAAACACGCUUGCUCAACUGAAUACGCCUGCGAGCAUUGCCUUCUUCCAGGGCAGUGCCUACAUCGCCGAUGCUAUGAACAGCCGCAUUCUGAAGUUGGCUCCGUACAUGCGCGAAGCGGAGAUCUUCUUCGAAGGUGCCGGGUAUCUGUCCGACGUUACAUUCUUCGACGGCGGGGCUUACGUUGCCAAUGCAGGAAUGGGCAAUCGCAUCCUGAAAGUUAAUCCGACGGGGACGGAGAUCUUCUUCGGAGAUCGCGCUCUUCUGUUACACUCCAGCUGGCUGAGAAGCCUCAAGAUGCACGAGGGCCAUGCCUACAUCGUGGAUGAAGGUGCUGGUCGGCUUCUGAAGCUGACACCUGGCGUGCCUGGUGGGGAGAUUGUUUACCCAUCCCUCGGAAGAGAG